UCGGCCACUGCGCUGCUGGAUCUGAGCCUCCGCUGCGGCUCCCCACCUCACCAUCGCCGGAACCGGAGCUCUCCUAGUUCGCCUCUCCUAGCUCGCCGGAGCCGCGGGCGACACAACGUGGUGGGACUGGGAUCCCGUUCCUUCGGAGUCCGGAAGUCCAGCGAGCCGGGUCCUCAUCGCCGCCGCGCCGCGUCCGGGUGCUCCCUCGCGACCUUGACUUCUGCGCUCUCUCCACUACAGACGCUGAAGAGGCUGUUCCUCGGCGGUUCCGCUCAAGGGUGCUCGUUGGUAGCACAGCAAUGGAGGUUGUCGUCGGUGUUUCCACGGGGGUGAUGAAACCGCUCUUGUCUAAGCUCACCAAGCUGCUGGGGGAAGAAUAUGCCAAGCUCAAAGGCGUGCGCAAGCAGAUCAAGUUCUUGAGAGAUGAGCUGAUCCCCAUGAGUGAGACGCUCCAGAUUCUCGCUGAUGCAGAACAUCUCAGCGGUCACAUGAAAGAUUGGAGGGGCAAGUUACGCGAGCUGGCCUAUGAUAUCGAGGAUUGUGUGGAUGCCUUCAUGGUUCGUGUUGACUGUGAUGGACCCAUGGGCUUCAUUAAUGGAUUCGUUCACAGACUGAAGAAAUUGAUAACACGCCACGAGAUCGCUGAUGAGAUUGAAGAACUCAAAAGCCGUGUAAUGGAGGUGAGCGAGAGGCACACGAGGUAUAAUAUUGUCGAGCAGGCAUCAAACUCUCGCACCGUUUCCAUUGACCCCCGGCUGCCAGCGCUCUACGAGGAGAUAGACAGGCUUGUGGGGAUUGAUGCUCCUAAGAAUCAUAUCAUUGAGCGGUUAUCCAUGGGGACCGAUGAACUUAAAGUUGUAUCAAUAGUUGGUUGUGGAGGCCUUGGUAAGACAACACUUGCAAACCAAGUCUACCACGCCAUUAAAAGCCAGUUUUGGUGUACAGCUUUUGUGUCAGUAUCUCAAACUCCUGAUAUAAGAAAGAUUCUCAUAGACAUUGCUAGAGAAGUGGGGAUCACCGAUAACACACUGGAUAAUGAUCGUGUGCAGCGACUCAUUAAUAAACUUAGAGAGUACCUCCAGGAUAAAAGGUACUUUAUUGUAAUCGAUGACAUAUGGGUUGCAAAAGAUUGGAAAACUAUCAGGCUUGCAUUAUUGGAUAAUAAUUGUGGGAGCAGAGUGAUCACUACAACACGUAGUAUUCCAGUUGCAACAUGCUCUUCUUCUCAAGGCGGUUAUGUUUAUCAAAUGGAGCCUCUUAGCUUCGAUGACUCCAAAAGUUUGUUUUUUAAAAGAGCAUUUGGUUCUGAGAAUUCAUGCUAUCCUCAUCUUGAAGAUGUUCCGGAUAGAAUAUUAAGUAAAUGUGGUGGUCUACCGUUGGCAAUUAUUACUGUAUCUAGCAUGUUAACCAAUGAGCAUGCAAGAGCAGAAUGGGAUCGCGUAUUAAAUGCUAUUGGUUCCGCACUUGCAAAUUUAAAGGAUCCUGAUGCUGAGAAGAUGACGAGUAUUUUAUCUCUGAGUUACUUUGAUCUUCCUCAUCAUCUAAGAACUUGUUUGUUGUACCUGAGUGUAUUCCCAGAAGAUUGUUGGAUACAGAAACAACGCUUAAUAAAUAGAUGGAUUGCUGAAGGGUUCAUUCAUGAGGAACAAGAGCGCAGUGCAUAUGAAAUUGGUGAAUAUUAUUUUAAUGAUCUCAUCAAUAGAAGCAUGAUCCAACCUGCAGGUGACGUAAAGUAUGGUCAAGCGAAUGCAUGUCGAGUUCAUGACAUCAUUCUUGACUACAUCAAGUGCAAGGCAGCUGAAGAGAAUUUUGUAACCACAUUAGAUGCUGCAGAGCAUGGAUACACUUCAGAAUACAAGGUUCGUAGGCUUUGUGUCAACAACCGCAAUGAAGAAAAUGUUACCAUAUGUGCAGGCCUGAUUCUGUCUAAUGUUCGGUCGUUUACUAUAUUUGGGUAUACAAUGCAAUCCUCUUUGUCGGCUUUCACGUCUCUUCGUGUGCUCGACCUAGGAGAUUGCGAGGAUAUGAAAGACCAUCAUCUUGUAAAUAUUGAAAUGAUGUUUCAUCUGAAGUACUUGCGUCUCGGAUCGAAGUUAAUAACUAAGCUCCCCGAGAAAAUUGGGGAACUGCAAUAUCUACAAACACUGGAUGUACGAGGCACCAGAAUUGAAGAACUGCCUCCAACUAUCACAAAGCUUCAACGACUUACCCAUUUAUAUGUUGGUUGGACCACUAAAUUCCCAAAUGGAAUGAUUGGACAGAUGCACAGCUUGGAAGAGCUAAGGCAGUAUGGAGUCCGAUCCUAUGAACAAGGGAAGACCCUGGAAGAAUUCAGUAAACUAACCAAGCUGAGAACAUUAAAAAUGAAAUGGGAUUUUGAUUUGCCAGAUGCACUAGAAGGAUUAAACCAAUCUGAGGGCAUUUACAGUCAUGUGGAAACUUUAUUAUCUUCAUGCAACCUUCAUAAUCUAUCUAUUUCGGACUAUGGAAGGGCAUUCCCGCUGUUGCUGGAUUCAUGGCACCCAGUUGUUCCUUGUAGCGUCCGGAAGCUCAGCCUGAAAGCCGUUGUCAUCUACAAGGUGCCAAAUUGGAUGGGCACGCUUGGAAAUCUCGGGGUGCUAAAAUUGGUUAUCAUGUGUUUGAGACCAGAAGAUGUUGAGAUCCUUGGAGCAAUACCCAGUUUGCUUUUUCUCGAACUACUCACUGACGGAGGCACCAAUGGAAGUAUCAUUGUCCCUGGUAGCAAUGGAUUUAGAAGUCUGAAAUAUUUCUCCCUACGCAUCACUAGGUGUGGGACCGCACUGGAGUUUGAAGUGGGAUCAAUGCCAAAGCUUGAGCACGUCAAACUUGAGUUUUUUGAAGUGCGUAAUAUGGAGUGCCUGAAUGGUGCUUCUAAUUUCGGCAUCCAGCACCUCUCCGCUCUCAGCAAGGUUGAGGUCUGUAUUGGUAGGCCUGAUGGCAUUAAUGCUGCCUUCGAGUGUGUUGCAAGAGCCAUUAUUGCUGCCGUCGAGACACUUCCCAACCACCCCACUAUCACAUUCGAAACAAAGCCCUCAUAUUUCUGUGAACAUUACAUAGCCAGUAUAAACCGAUGGAAUAAAUUGCAUGAUGGGAUGUUCAGCGAGUGGCUCAAAAUUUGGCAAAUUGAAGAGGAGCAGACAGAGCAUGCAACAGAUGGAGAGACUGAACAAGAGGAUGAGACCGAUGAAGAGGAAGAAGAGGAGUUGACAGAGCGGCUCAAAAAUUGGCAAAUUGAAGAGGAGCAGACAGAGCAAGCAACGGAUGGAGAGACUGAACAAGAGGAUAAGAGGAAGUGAUCAUUGAAGAGGAGGAAGAUGAAUAGCAAGCCAUAAGAGUUGCUGCUACCUGGGUUGGGACGUGCAAGGUGGUGCUUCUUUCCCAGUGCUAUAAGAUGCUUCCCAUCGACAACAAUGGUAACUACGAUGGCGACUUCCAUAAAGGAUGGGCUGGUUACUUGCACAACUGGGAGCCAUCGUUCUGUUCAUUUUUAGAGCAUAUCUGUUUUCUUCGCGUGUGUUGUGACUUUUGAAUUGUGAUGUGUAGACAUUUACGCUGUUGAGGUGGUUGCUGGUUGCUAUUGUACUCUUGCAUGGUUCGGGAACAGAGAUGACGUUUUUGUAUUUCUGCUACUAUGCUUUGGUGUGGUUUGUGCUGCUUGUAAUAUAAUACUCUAAUUUGCUUCCAAUGAAACCUGGACGUGGCACAAAUA